GCAGCGGGGCAGCGGGGCGGUGGCGAGCGGGUGACGGCGCCGCCUUCGGUCGGGCGUGCGGGCCGGGCAGGUGCGGGCGGUGACAGCGAGGCCCGGAGCAGAGCGACCCUGCAGCGGAUCGGAGGAGGCGGGCAUCAUGACACCCGUGAAGGCCCAGCACUCCUUGGCAGGUCAGCCUUAUGCAGUUCCCCUUAUCCAGCCAGACCUGCGACGUGAGGAGGCAAUCCAGCAAGUGGCAGACGCCCUGCAGCACCUGCAGAACAUCUCUGGAGACAUCUUCAGCAGGAUCUCCCAGCAAGUAGAGCUGAGUCGGUGCCAGCUGCAGGCCAUCAGGGAGAGGGUCUCCUUGGCCCAGGCUAAGAUAGAGAAGAUCAAGGGCAGCAAGAAGGCGAUCAGGGUCUUCUCUAGUGCCAAGUACCCAGCACCAGAGCACCUGCAGGAAUAUGACUCCAUCUUUACCGGUGCCCUCGACCCUGGUCUGCAGAGAAGACCCCUGUACAGGAUCCAGAGCAAGCACCGCCCACUGGACGAGAGGGCCCUGCAGGAGAAGCUGAAAUACUUUCCGGUGUGUGUGAACACCAAGUCGGAGCCUGAGGAGGAAGUGGAAGAGGGACUUGGGGGUCUUCCCAGCAACAUCAGCUCCAUCAGCUCCCUGCUGCUCUUCAACACCACAGAACAUCUGUACAAGAAGUAUGUUUUCCUGGACCCUCUGGCUGGCGCAGUAACAAAAACCCACACAAUGCUGGGCACAGAAGAGGAGAAGUUGUUUGAUGCCCCCCUGUCUAUCAGCAAGUGAGAGCAGCUGGGGCAGCAGACUCCGGAAAACUACUUCUAUGUGCCAGACCUGGGUCAGGUGCCUGAGAUCGAUGUGCCGUCCAACCUACCUGACUUGCCUGGCAUUGCAGAUGACCUCAUGUACAGUGCGGACCUGGGGCCUGGCAUUGCCCCCUCCGCUCCUGUUGUCAUCCCAGAGCUGCCCACCUUCCACACAGAGGUAGCUGAACCUUUCCAGCCAGAGCUAGAGGAUGGUGUGCUGCUGGCAGCGCCACCGCCACCGCCACCUCCCCCACCACCUCCCCCAGGUCCCACAGUGGUGGUCAGUGCCCCCCAACCACCAGUGUUCCCUGAAGUGGCGGCUGCACCUGGCCAGGCUGCCAGGGAAGAAGAUAUUAGCGGCAGCAUGGCCCACUCAGCCUCUGUUCAAGGAGCUCCCAAGGAGGUGGUUGACCCCUCCAGUGGCCGGGCCACCCUACUGGAGUCCAUCCGCCAAGCUGGGGGCAUUGGCAAGGCCAAGCUGCGCAGUGUGAAGGAACGCAAGCUGGAGAAGAAGAAACAGAAGGAACAGGAGCAAGUGAGAGCCACCGGUCAAGGCGGGGACUUGAUGUCAGAUCUCUUUCACAAGCUCGUCAUGAGGCGCAAAGAAUCCCAAAGCUCUGAAGCUAAAGCGGUGAACCCCACCCCAAGAGAAAAAGUGUGA